AUGGGGAAAGCUCAGGAUGUUGCAUUCCUUCCAGAUGAACUCUCUUACCUCGUAGAAGCUUUCGCGCCUUCUCAGCCAGAAUCGUCGCGCUCGAAAGCGUAUCUUGUACUCUCUGCGUUCUGUCAAGGAACCCGGUCUCAAAACCCUCAGGAGUCUGGGUCUAAUGACUCUGCCACGGACAUACUAGAGAAAGUUUUCCAGCCUCUUAUCAUCUCCCGUCUUUCCAACCAUCAGGCGCAGGAUGCUAUAGUUGUUGGACUCUCUUUCUUCUCUGCCUUAUUUCACGUCGACUGGCAGUCCGCUUCUCAUGUUUUCGCGCAAGAUGGCAUGGUCGAAUACGUGACGGAUGCCCUUGAUUUAUUUCCAUUAUCAGCUUCAGUUGCCUUAGAGGUCGCUCGCAUGAUUGGCCAGGCUAGUGGACACAAGGCAUGCCGGGCUCUGAUACCCGAGGAAAUCAUCGCCUGGCUUGGGAACAAGUCCCGUCAGGCUACAGACAAAAACUUGCGCGCAGCAGCAGCUAUCGCCCUCGUGAAAUUAUCUCGAGGGGCAGCAACGGAUGCCUCAGAAGGCACAGAUGCGUCUCAGGCGGCGUCACCUACCUCCAAGGAUAUGGAGCUAGCCAACUUGCUGAAGCAAAUGGUCAUCAGUGACAAGGACUCUCUCUCCUCCCUCAACGACGUCAUUGAAGGCCUUGCAUACCUCAGUAUCGAACCAGAUGUCAAACAGACCCUGGCAAAUGACCCCAAGUUUUUGCAGCAGCUCUUUACACUUGUUCCUAGACGUAAGCUUCUGCCCACAUCCGCCAGCAAUUCCAGCCUCCUCUUUGGCAUUCUUCUCAUCAUAUCCAACCUCUGUGCCUACCGGCCUCACCUCAGUCAAGAAGACGCUCAGGUCGCUAAGCUGAAGCGCAUGGCAAAGGCUGGUAAUGGAUCCAAGACAACGGCCGAGGAACCACCAAAUGCGCUGGAAGAUGAUGCUGCAGUCAGGUCCAGGUGCCGUCAAGUUCUUGCAAGUGGUGCUCUUGAUGUCUUGUCUGUGGCUUCUGGUGUAGAGAGCCAAGGCAUCAGACUUGCAUUGGGUAAAAUCUACCUAAGCAUCGUGGAAGACAAAGAUAAUAGAGGGAAGGUCCUUCAGAGUGGAGGUGCACGGAGUCUCUCUCGUGUUAUACAGUCGUCGUCGUCAUCCACACCGAUUGAUGCCCCCUUCCUCCCUGCGAUUCAAGCUUUGGCAAAAUUGACCAUCACAUCUUCCCCCCUUCAAGUCUUCGGGCCCACUGAUGGUGCUAUGCUUGAUGCAAUACGGCCCUUGUCACAACUGCUUCUUCAUUCAUCCUCAAAUCUCCUACAACAAUUCGAAGCCUUAAUGGCCUUAACAAAUCUUGCUUCACAAAGCACAGGGUGUGCCGAUCGCAUGUCUAGUACUCCACACCUUCUCUACAAAGUUGAACUUCUCAUGCUGGAGGACCAUACGCUCAUCCGUCGGGCAGCCACUGAGCUGAUAUGCAACCUUGUUGGGGGUGCGGAGACGGUCUUUUCCAGGUAUGGCGGUUCUCCAGAUGUUCAUGCAACGAAGUCCAAGUUACAAGUACUUCUUGCGAUGUCGGACAUGGAUGACUUGCCUACGAGACUCGCUGCGUCGGGUGCUUUGGCCAUAGUGACCAGUGCGUCUACCGCUUGUCAGGCAGUAUUUGAACUUCAGCUGGAUCAUCACCGAGCAUUUUCGAAUAUUGCACGUCUUAUUGACCCGUCUGUCACUCUGGAGGAUGACAAUCCUGAGGAUGGCGAAACAGUCGGAGAUCCAGGCCUUGUGCACCGCGGAGUCGUAUGUCUUCGCAACAUUCUCAAUCCUCAGUACGCCCUCCCUCGCGUGCCGCUUGCAGAGGAAGUGGAAAAGGCAGGCUUGGUGAAUGUCAUGGCCAGAUUGUUGAAAGGUGAACUUGGAUCAUUUGACACUACGGUCACUACUCCUGCUGCUGAGAUUUUGAGGCGUCUUAUUGAGCUUAAAACAUCAGCGAACAACUAG